CCAUGACACGCGCUUCUCCGCUCAUCCACAGGCUUAACGGCGCUCUCCUCUCAAGAUUUUCCGCCACACGGCCUUCGAAUCGCUGUUCCACGUCUCCCGCAUGGACCCUGCGUCGCAGACGCAUUGCGUCCUUCUCCUAGACCUGCCUGCGAAUGCUUUGGGCGGUAUCGACUUGCUAUCCUUCACCACCACACCCCGCUUCAAAGGUGUGAAAAACUUACCCCCUGGCCUGCAUUUCGUCUUUGCUGCUAGCGACUCGUCUCUUUCCGUGAGACAUGGAGCCUGGUUCUACGUUUCUCCGGGAUCUGGUCCCCCGCAGGUCUUCAUCAAGAGGUGGAACCCCCAAAACGAAGACCUGGUAGCAGAGACCUCGCAAACAGAGCUCCUCAAGUGGAAAGCGAAUCUAGGUGCGCUUUGGAAGGAUGGCCUGACUCCUUACCGCCAAACAGUUCACGCAAGCGACACAGCCGAAGAUGAUAGUGUCGAAGAGUCGUCAGACUGGGUCCAGCUUACCUCGCGUAUCUCACAGUCUUUGCUCACCAGAAUAUGCGGCCUCAAUCCAGAUCAUUGGGCCCUCACGUCCGCUUCUUCCGCGGCCCAGGAUUUGGAGAAUAUACCAGGCCUGGAAGCCAGCAACAGUUUUCUUCAUCCUGAGAAAGAGCUUCGAUUCUUUCCGGUAGAUCUCAAGCAGACCUGGCGAGAAGGGGCAACAGGACGGGAGCGCACGGAAGCAGCCCAAGAUCGAUCAUGGGCCCUGGGCAAUUUGAUCGAAAAGCAUGGUAUCAGCAAAGACCCGCGAAGUCGCGACUUUGAAAUCUUGGGAGAGCUACAAUUCUGCUUUCUGAUGGUGUUGACCUUGAACAACAACUCAUGCUUGGAACAAUGGAUGCGAUUGCUCGGCCUGCUAUUGACGUGCCAAACUGCUGUCAAAGAACGCUUUCACCUGUUCCUCGAGCUUCUGAAAACGCUGCGGUUGCAGUUGGCUCACUGUGGAGACAUGGACGCGAGUAUGUUUGACAUGAACGAGCACGGUGGAGGCUUCCUCCGCCCACUACUUCAAAGGUUUCGAAAAGGCCUCGAUGACUUCGACGGGAAACGCAAAUCUGACAUUAUCGAUGAAUUCGAUGACCUCCAAGAUUUCCUACAGAAAGAAUUUGGGUGGCAGAUGGACGAUUCGUACGUGAAACGGGGUAUGCUGGAGCUUGAGGAUGGCGAACAAGUCGAGAUGGACAUGAACGGCGCAGAUGAAGACGAUGAGUCUGGCGAUUUUGCACCAACCGUUGUGGAGCUGACACCUGCGCAACUAAAACAGCUGAAUGGCAGCAACGUGAAUGGUUCACUCUCGGAUGAAUCAGAAGAAGAGGCCGAUCUUGACGGAAUGGACACUCGCUACUGAUGCUUCGAUAGACCGUGCAUUGCCGGUGAGGCAAAUGCGGAUGGCUCGUACACCAAGAUCGACUUCACUGCGCCUUCUUCGCCAAGCUGCUUGAAUAGUGUUGAAUCUGCUCCAUCGAUGUUGGUCGCUCUUCAAAGAGAACUCCACCAUAUUUAGCUGGUGCCAGAGGAAUCUAGCCGGCUAUAUGCUUUAUGUCCUCGCACAGCACAUUUUGGUGCAGUGUCAUCCCGAAUUCUGGGCCAGGGUAGCCCGGGCCUGAGGGC